ACUCGAGGCGUACGUGUUGUGAAAUUCUUUAGAGUUCCUCAUUCGUCACACAGAAUUUACCAGAUUGUACUACUCUUUCAAUUUAGUGUUGUGGAAAAUUUGACCUUACUGGGAAUUAAAUAUUGUUUUAGAAUAUAACAGACAUGGCGACGCAAUUCGAUAUGAAUACAUUCUUCAGAACGCUGAAUCAAAAAAUGGAGCCUCCACUUCAGACCCAUAUGAAAAAUGUGUAUUCUUGUGUAGCACUCUCCACUCUAGCUGCAGCUGUGGGCAGCUUUGUACACUUAUUCACUGGAAUUCUAUCGGGUGGAUUGUUAAGUUCUCUUGGAUCUGUGGGAUUCAUGAUUGCACUCAUGAGCACACCUGAUGAUGGCAAAAAUACCAAAAAGAGAUUGGGAUUUUUAUUGGCGUUUGCGUUUCUUUCUGGUCUUGGAUUGGGCCCCCUUCUUGAUGUUGUCAUUUCAAUAAAUCCUGCUAUUAUUCCUACCGCAUUUUUCAGUACAUGCUUGAUCUUUGCUUGCUUUACUUUUGCUUCAAUGUUCAGCAAUCAACGUCAGUUUAUUUACCUUGGAGGUUCUCUCAUGUCACUUCUUUCUGUGAUGAUGACAAUGGCUCUGCUUAAUAUUUUUAUGGGAUCUUACAUGUUGUUCAAGAUUCAAAUUUAUCUUGGAUUGUUGGUUAUGUGUGCCUUCAUUCUAUAUGAUACACAAGUAAUUCUGGAAAAACGCCGUAAUGGAGACAAGGAUUAUAUUUGGCAUUCCAUUUGUUUGUUCAUUGAUCUUGUCCAGAUAUUCCGUUACCUUCUUGUGAUUUUGGCUGAUAAGGAUAGUAAGAAGAAAAAGUAGUUGCAUCGUUCAGCGAGUCAAAAUUAAGUGGCUACAUUUUUUAGUUUUUGAAAAGUCAGAAUUGUGACUGUUAUGCAGAUUUCUUUUAAACUACAAAUUUAGCGUAAUAAAAUGCUUUUUUGUUUAAAUGUACUUUUUGUGUAUUUGUUGAACACUUUACUUACAAGUCUCAUGAUUUUAUGAACAUCUAUUUACAGUUUAUUUUUUGUGCAUGAAAUGAAAUACCUUUAUAAUUUCGAGUGUGUAAGAUAAUAUCUUGUUUAAUAUCAAUUAAAACAUUACUUUAUAAAUAUCUAUCACUUAAAAUGUGAUUGUUAAGUGUUUGAAGCUUGUAAAUUGAAACAAUUGUAAAUCCUCAUUGCUCAAUUUCAAAAAGGCUUCAUUAUUUCAUGCUUGCAUUACUUUGUGAGUGUUUCUUGUAUGAAUUUUCAAUAAAAUUUCUUUAUCUAUUUUAAAA